AUGGAAGCUGGACGAGGAUCUCCAACACUCACCUUAAACCUGGGAGUAGAAUAUAUGGACAAUAACAAGAGUCAAAAGGAUAAUAGCUCUGGACCAGGAUACUACACGGAACAAGAAAAACACUUGGAAUAUAAGAAACCGGAUUAUACCCGGGAAAUAGAUAAUAAUUUGGUGAAUUCAAGUACCAGACAAAUCAUCAAACGAGAUUGUGAUGAGGAGAGCGUAGGAACACUUAUAAUCGAUGAAGAUGAUGAUAAAGAUGAAUCAAUGAUGGGAAAUACAAGCAUUUUCAAUAAAGUGAAGAUCUGGAAGGAAAAUGCUAACAUGAGGAUGUCAAUGAAAAAAGAAAUCAGCCAUCUGGAAUUAAAACGACAUCGAAUUGAAUUUGAAGAUCCAGCUCAUGAUGUAAACAGGUCCGGACUACAGUUCGAGUUAAUGCAGAAUUUAAACGGGGAGGAUUUUACACAAGGAAAGAGGAAUAAAUGUCAAAGUUUACUGAAAGAAUUAGUAAAUAUAGAAGAUGGCUAUUUAUACCAAGGCCCGGAAAUGAAAAAUUUGAUGAAGAUCAUGUCCGUGAUUAAGAAAACCAAACUUACUAUGGAACCUAAAAUGAAUUACAUAGAAGAGAAAAUCAUAUUAAAUGGGAAAAAUUAUCAAUUCAAAUGUUUUAACGGAUACUUAGGAGACCAAUUAAAAAGUGAGGCUAUCCAUAAGAUGGUGGAUAAACCAAUUAUGAAUGUGUUGCUGGAAGCUGAAGGUUACGACAGCUCUAAAGAAGAUUUAGGAGAAAGAUAUCGACAAUGUGCAACUUUGAAAGUCUGGCGGACAAUUCUUCGUGGCAGAGAGGAAAAUAAACCUAAGGUCGCUGGAGAUCUACUAAACAGUUUUGAUGACAGUCAAUGGGAAGAAGAAGAUCUCAAUAUUAACAGUACGGAAUUGGGAUCAGAAUCUCAACGCAUCGUACAGCAAAGAUAUUUUCCCCUAGGAAUUGACUUGGAACAUAUGAAGGCCAAUUUCCCAAAUACCUACGAACUAAAUAUGAUCAUGUGUUUACAAAAUCUUCUGAUUGAAUACACAAAAAACCAAGGAUCCUGGAGAGAGACACCUUCUAACGGAUUAGUUUCAAUAUUUCAAGAGGAUAAACCUUUUGAGUGCAAGGAAUUCAGCAAAGAUCUGGACUUAGAAAAUAUAAAACAUACAUUCAGAAUCCCAAAACAGAACAAUGUUUUGAUUGAUGCAUUCCCUGAUCUAAGAAUUCUAUUAAGUGCCGGAUAUCUCAACAACAGAGGCAGACUGAGAAAAUAUGAAAAAACAGCUAAAGAAAUUAUCAUUGGACAGAGAGUGAUAAAAAAGUCUAAAAAUAUAGCCGUUAGACCAGGAUGGAGAAGAAGGAGAACAUAUGUUGACAUAAUUAAACACACGGAAAAAGGAACAAAGAGCGAACUGGACUUCACUAUAGAAGAUAUGAAGUCCAAGGAAAGAUCGGAGCAGAGCUGUAGAUGCCAAGAAACAUUGCACGCUCAGAUAUGCUACACAGAAGAAUUCUAUGAUAGGUCGAGAUUAAUGCAUCGUAGAGAAAACGUGGUGGAAGAUCUGAAUCCUUGGAUUAAUAAUGAAAUUAUACUGAAGAACGGAGUUAACCCAGCUAUGAACUCCUACUCCAUCAACUCCAACAGACCUCUGGUACCGUCAGAACCCGGAGCAAUAGUAUCCAGCACUCCACACGAAAAAACAGGUUUAUUUUGUGGAACUACAAACACACUAUUUCGUGACAAAAUCAUGGAGAAACAUGGAGACAGAGACCUGACUAGGAUAAUUGAAAAAGAAAGAAAUCAAUUACCGGAGAGACUGUCAAACAAGGCAAUGAUAGGGGAACAGAUAGAGGAAGAAAUAAGGAGAGGUUACAACACCAUUGCUUGCUACAUAGCUGGAAACCCAGUGGUAGCACCGAGCAUGUUCACAAGUUUUGAAAAAUUCGGAGAUGUGAAAGAAUCAACAGAGACAUGGAAAGUGAAAGACAUGGAACAGUUGUUAGCGAAUGUAGAAGAACAAACCAAUGAGAGGAUAAAGGUACAAGAACAAACCAAUAAGAGGAUAGGAGAAGUGAAGAAUGAUAAAUCACAGUACGAAGACAAAAUAAAAGAACUGGAAAGAAAAUACAGAGAGGAGAAGAUAAAAAAUGCUGGUUUAACAAGGAAAAUUAAUGCCAUCGAAACGGAAAAGGAUGAACUGAAACAGGAGAUUGAGAAUGUUACAGAAUUUUUCAACGUAUUAGACGGAAUAAAUGAAGAAUUAAAAAAUAGAAAUGAAUGUUAUUCAGCACAAACAAAAAAAGAUAUGAGAUACAUAACAUACUUGGAUAGUGGAAUAGCUGAAGGAGAAGAGUUAUUCACGGUAAUAGACGAAAUGAACGACGAACUGAUAGCAGAAAAUGUAGGUCUUAAGGAAAUAAACAGGAACCUGAAGACAGAAAACGAGCGGUUAGAAAGUGAUUUAGAGGAUAGCGAAAAUGCAUGGGGAAAAUUUGCAAAUGCAGAAUUAGAGGAAAUGGAAGAUAAUUCAGAUGAAUUCUUCGUGGUAAUAGACGAGAUGAACGACGAACUGAUAGCAGAAAAUGUAGGUCUUAAGGAAACAAACAGGAACCUGAAGACAGACAACGAGCGGUUAAAAAGUGAUUUAGAAGAUAGCGAAGAUUCAUGGGGGAAAUUUGCAGAUGGGAGAUUAGAGGACAUGGAAGAAAAUUCAGGAGAAUUCUUCGCGCUAGAAAUGAAGAAUAAAAUGAUGGCGAGAAGAAUUAAGACGAAUAUAAAUAAAGAGAAAAAAGAGAGAAAAAAUUCUACCUAUAGUGAUGAAGAAUCUCAAUUGUAUGAUGAGCUGUAUGAAGGACUCUGCACUUAUGAAAACACAAUAGCAGUACAGCCAAAGAGCUCCUAUACAGAACAGGAAACUAUUCCAAUAUCCAACAUCGACAAUUCUAAAAAAGAAACAGUUCAUCAAAGACAAGAUAUGCUACUGGAUGAAUUCUUAAAAAAUGAGUUCAAGAUACGUCCAGAAAAUGAAUCAGAUUCUGAAUAG